GCAAAGUUCCUGCCUUGAAAUAUUCAAGAUGGCGUCGUCUGUAGACAUGGUGAGACACUACGCGGCGGCGACGCGUUGCUGGCGGAUUUAACUCGGUAAUUUCCAGCAUACCAUGGGCUUAUUCCAGCAGCAGCCAUGUCAAGAAUUCGAAAUGGACAAUUGCCACUGCCGGCUGGAUGGGAAGAGGCCAGGGAUUACGACGGGAAGAUUUACUUCAUCGACCACAACACGAGAAAGACGUCGUGGGUUGACCCGCGCGACAGAUUAACCAAGCCACAGACUUUUGCUGACUGCAUUGGAGACGAGUUGCCUUUCGGCUGGGAGGAGGCGUAUGAUCCUGUUUUGGGCAUUUACUUCAUAGACCACCUCAACCAGACCAAUCAGAUAGAGGACCCUCGCGUGCAAUGGCGUCGGGAGAAAGAAAUGAUGCUGCGUGAGUACCUGACCACGCAGACGGACGAGGAGGACUCACGGGCCAAGCAGGAGAUCUGCAAUGUCAAGCAACAGCGACUGCAGCUGGCUGAGAACGAGGUUCAACAUUUGAAUGAUGCACUCAGCGGCUGGCAGUCCAAAACAAGCCUAAAUUCCAACAGUUCCACUGGCAGCACCCGCUAUGACCCCGACCAACUGAAGGUGGAGGUGGCCAGUGCCAAGGCCAGGGUGGCUCAGAUCCGGAAUGAGCUGGAACACAUGAAGGCGCAGGUCUACCUGCCAAGCCAGGAGUACAGAGGAAAUGAAAAGGCUUGCAGCAGCCCAGAGAUUCGCUUCCAUUCCGAGGAUGGGGGACAGUACACUGAGACUCCUUCCCAUGUCCCGACUGUGAUCUACCAGCAGCACCGGCUCAACACCACGCUGCAGAGUGACCUGCCUGGCCACUUCCAUUACAUGGGCGGGGGGAGGCUGGCCGAGAAGGAGCGGAUAAGGAUGAAAUACGAAGAUGCCCAAAGGAGGAUGUGUCUAUUGCAGAUCCAGAUAGCGGAGCUGGACGACCAGAAUCCUUCCGGCCAGAACGAGGCUGAAAAGGACAGGCUGCUGCUUAUAUCGGAGAAGGAGGAGCUGUUGCGGGAGCUGAGGAGCGCCUACCAGCACAAACGCAGCCCCGAGGAGAGGCGACAGAUAGAGGCUGAGAAACAAGCCCUGAUCCAACAGAUCACCGAGUCCAAAGAGGAGGUCACAAGGGUGCUACAUAACAGAAUAAAACUGCAAGAGAAGAAAGACCAGCUGAACCAGCAGCUAGCUGAGGUCACCCGGGAAGCUAUGCAACUAGAAUCCCAGCUGAAAAGUGUGUCCGUCAGCACGCUAUCGUCGAGCUCAAGUCGGGGAUCCCUCAGUGCUUCCAGUCGGGGCUCGUUAGCGUCCAGCAAAGGAUCCUUGAACAGCGCCCUCAGCUACCCUGAUAUCUACGUGCCACCAUCGCAGUAUUCUAUGGAUCUUAACAUGAAGGACAUACAGCAAAAGGUGGACGCCUUGUUCCAUGAAAGCAUGGAGGGUCCGGGCUCCUUGGCUUCCAGCUCUCCCCACCACGUCCAUCCCACUCCUGCCACUGUCAUGCCAGUGCCCGGCGCGGCCGACCCCAACCACAAGUCCAUGACCUCGCUUUCCUCCCGCUCUUCCCUCUCCUCCAUGUCUCCACCCUCCUCACCGGGCCACGCCCACCUGAACGGCGACGUGGUGGUGAUGGCGACGCGCUAUGAUGGCCUGCCUCCCGCCUACCUGGAUCACCUGAGCAGUGUCCAGCAGCGGCAGAAGCAGAAUAUUGCUGGGUACCUGCGCACCCAGGGCCUGGAGGAAGAGCAGCUGGUGUGCUCGCUGUCGCAGCUGGCACUGAAUGGUGGUGCCGACCCUUCGCUCCUGCAGGUGGCCCAGUCGCUGCAUGGGCCAGGGCCCGAGGGCGGAGUAAUUGGCGGAGGAACCGGCAUUGCAGUGGGCGGGCGGGGGCUGUCACGGCUCAACAUGGACCCUAAGAUUCCAGUCUCCGAGUACAACAUGGAAAUGCUUGGAAACACACCUCUGAGUCCAAUCAGCGAAGGCAUUGCUGGUGUCAAUCUGCAACGUCUUCAGGGUCAGUCCACAGUAGCAGCUAGAAGCGUAUCCGCAGCAGUGUCUGAUGAAUCCGUGGCAGGAGACAGUGGAGUGUACGAAGCAUCACAUAAAAGGUCGGUGGAGUCAGACUGUGACACCUUCCUGAGCGGCAUCUCCACUCUCAACUGUGGCCAGAUCCUGCUGACUCUUCAGUACCUGUCAAGUGAGGGCGUGCUGGUGGUUGCCCUGGAGCAGCUGCGACACAUCCGGGAGAUGCUGCCCACCGAUUGCACCAAAUUCUACAUCAAAGGAGACAUCCUGCCCUGCCCACCCAAUGCCAACCUGAGCUUCAAGACGGACGACAUUGAGGACACGAGCAUCAGGGUACUAGGCCAGACUGUUAGCUUGCCCAUCAUGGAGAAUAAGAUUGGCACCAAGACGCUGCAGCUGUUUGUCUGGAGCGUGGGCGACAUGCAGCGGGAAGAGUGCGUGGGAGGAACCAGGAUAAGCCUGGCUGACCUGAACCUGCGCCACUCGGCCAAGUCCCAGUGGCACAACAUUGUCAACUUCAAGAUCCUCCAGAUGGAAACCCAACGCUACGCCGCUGCCAGUACACCCUCCGAACCCAGUCACCAGUCAGGGGAGCUAUUCGCAUCCCGAGCACGGCGAGCAUCAGUUGGUGACCAGCCCUCCACCGAAAACAAUCCCCCACCACCGGCACCCGACAGCACCUCCAGCACGACAGACACGAGAUUUCGAUCCUCUUCAUUUGACAACUCAUUCAUCAACCGGCAUCGCAACCUGACCACCAUCGCUGUUAGCAUCAACGAUGACCGGUCCAGCCACACCCACUCCUCCUCCUUCCCCAACUCGGCCGCCCAGCCCCAGCCUUCCCGGGGCACCCUCCCCACCCUCAGCUCCGCCCAGUUCCCGGCCGACCGGGAAGCCCGGCUGGAGAUGCUGCGGAGCAGUCUGCGGGGGGCGGAGCCCCGGCUCACUGUCCCCCAUGGGAGGGCUCCCUCGCUGUCCCGGUCCAAGACGUUCAACGCGGGCCAGCCGCCACAAAAACAGUACAUAUGCAAACUUAAUCGUAGCGAUAGUGAUAGUGCCAUGGCCCUUCAGAGGAGGGCUCCGUUCUUGAGGAACUCACUUGAGAGAAGAAGUCUCAGAUGGAAACAGCCAACCAGUCUGUCCAGCAAGCGGUCAUUCCACCAGAGGUCACCCAGCGACCUGGAGGUCAGUCUGCAGGUGUCUAAAGAGCGACAGGCCCAGAUACGGGAGGAGAUCGAGAGGUUGAAGGAGAUCAAGCGGUGUGUGGAGCAGGCCAGUGCUAGAGAUGAAGACAGUCCUCUGCAUUCCUCCUCCAACAAUGGCGACAUCCUGCGGAGACUCAUCGAAAUUGCCGAGAAAGGCGCACACGGCCAGCAACGCAACGCCACACAGCCAGUGACCUCCCAAACAUCUAGUCCCGUACAAAGAUCGGCAACAUUCAGCUAAACAGCCAGAAUUGUUGUGUAAUUCAACCAGUAAGCAUUUUAAAAUGAUAAUAUUUAUAUAUGUAUGAAAGCAUUUUUUUCUAUUUCCAGAAUGUCAAUUUUUCUUGUAGUUCACAGUCACAUAUAUCCAAAGCGCUCGACGUUUUUCCUCGUGUAACUUUCAAAAAAUAACAAUUUCAGAUGAUUUGUAGAUGUACCUAUUUUCAGUGUUGAAUAUUCAUUCGUGCAUAUUGUAUUUUAACGAUGUGAAAUGACCAAGGGGUUGUUUACUUAAGGACAUUUUAUGCAGAUUUUUUAUGGAAGCCGAUAAUGCUACAGACGUGGCCUAACAAUAUGUCUUUCUUAUCAUCUGACCCCUCUUCUCGGCCAGAUUGUAUGCAGCUCUUUAUGCAUAAAAACUUGCAAGAAUAAAACGUGCUCUGCCAGAGAAAAAAAACAUCGGCUAUAUUUACAUAAUCAAAGAUGAAUCGAUUUGCCGAUAUAAUCGGUGAAUUGUUUGAGAAGGCCGUAUGUGGUGCUGUUGUUUUCACCCUGUGUCUGCAUUGUUUUAGUUGUUCCUGACUCUCCACAAUAUGUGCUAUGUAUCUGACCCCCCCCCCCAAGUUGGUUUACAUCAUACUGUCAAGAUGUUUUCUUGCUUGAAAACACCUGAUGAAACAUCGUGUGGUAUUCAGGCUUAUUCCGUCAUCUUUACUAGCUGCAGUGCAACAAAUGGCCCACUGAAAAACCAAAUGUGGUUCACUAUGCAAAUAUUUGAGUGCCUCUGUGUUCUGCGCAUGUGGAAGGGAAAUUUAAAAAAAAACAGGUUUUUCCGUGAUCCUCAAACUGAAAGCCCAUAAGAAUUUCACUCAUUGCCAAUGCGCACAUGUGUAUGUAGUCCUUAUUUCUGAUGCUGAAAAGAAGCAUUCGAGUCAAGGGUCAACUAUAGAGUACCGAAGUGUGGCGGUUCACAUGCUGGUUCUCGUGUUUAUCGUCUUUCGCAUACACGUAAUUGUGCGCAUGACAUGUUCACUCCGGUACCCUGUUGCCGCUGUAUAUCCCCAGUGGUUCCGCUGUUUGGAGUAAGGAAUUCUGACCUCAGUUUGAGCAGCACUUGCAAUUGGUGUUGGCCAUUCUAUCCUCAAAGUUGGCAUAUGCUGUUGCCUAUGGGCCUCGAGCUGGACCAAGAGAGGGUGCUAUUUUCUCAGCAAGGGAGAGCUCAUUUGGUCAGAACUGAACUUCGCUGGUUCACGAACGACUAGGAAAUGCACGUGUCACAGAUGCAUUGUGACCAACAAAAUGGACGCUCCCGACCAGCGCGGCUCUUUUCAACCACUGAGGAGGCAAUUCUGUGGGAGGCGGAUUGUGUGAAAAACAAUUACAAGAUUUGCAAAUCCUAUAUUUUAACAUUGCCAGUUUGCAGUUCUUUUAAUUAAUGAAGCGUCUUUGCUUCUGAGUGACACCGGCAUUGUCAGUGCUAAUGUUCUCUGAAAAUUUGGAGGUUUUUUCAAACUGAGGAAUUACAAUGUAUCACCCAGUCUUCUUGUCCAUCAAGCCCAGAUUAUCAGGCCAGUCACUAAAUACAUGGUGUGCCCUAUUGAAUUUGCCUGAGAAAUCCCAGAAACUGUUUUGUUUCAAACUUGGUUUGGAUGGUUAUACACAUUGUUGAAUUCAGGUUGUGUCAUCUUUGGUCCAAUUUAAGUCAGAAUGACAUGUUAAUUUCUGUUUCUUUUCUUUUGUUUUCUUGUUUGAUCACACUUUGCUUGGUUUUAUGUAUUGUGAUUUGACAAGUUCAUGAGUGGAAAGUUUGUGGGAAAAAAAACUUUCCCUUCAGCGCUUCAUUCAAUUUCAACCAUUGACAAAAUCUUUGGAAAGUCUAAUUAUUGUUUUUAGUACCAGUAUACUUGAUGUACUGUUACACAUGUAUGUACACUAAGGAAACAUUGUGUGGCUGCUAGAUAUAACACUUGUGUAACACCAGAGUCUUUAGUAUAGACCCAACUAGGAGGUCAUGAUGCCUCAUGUUCCUGAGCAAGAUACUUUAUCACAAUUGUCCAUAAGGAACACACUUUACUGUGAUUGUACUUGUGUAAAAUACUUCAGUGUUACAGUGUUUGCCAUUAGCAAAUGGGAGAAUAGGUCUGUGUACUGACAUCACACUUCAUUGAUGUGCACUCUCCUAUGGGCCAGUUGGGGCCCAUUGUCCAUAGGAAAGCACACACAUAACAAAGUGUGGCAUCAUCAGUACAGGAGUCUAUUGGUAAUCACUUGUGGGUUGUGCUUGCUUCUAAGAAAUCUUCAGUCAUAAGACUGACUCAAGGUAUGUUGCUGCCUGUAUGCUUGGGUUGAUAUUCAAAGCUACCUUAGUUGCGAGUAAGUCAGGAUUAUUUGGGUUUUUUAAAAAUGAAUUGGCCCUCCAACACUGACUAUUGGUUUGUGUCAUGUUUAUAUAGCUUCAAAAUGUUUGUUGGAAUUAUUUUUGUUGUGCUCAAAAACAUUCUACACAAUGAAACGCAACUUGCUAAGGAUUCCACUGAAGAGCAUGCAUAACUGUAUGUAACCUUGUGGUACCUUUUUUCCUGGUUCAAAAUUCAUUUUGAUUGGAUGUGAUACCUUGCGUCAAUCUCUUUCACAAACUUCAAUUAUGGACUGGGGCGUAACCUCCAAAUUGGACAGUGUAUUUUCAAAAAAAAAUGAACAGAAAUGUCGGCAUUACUACUCUACAGUUACUUCCCUGGUUUUUACGCUGGUAUCUGUUAUACUGAUAGCUUCAACUUGGGCAGGACUCUCUCAGAUCUUGAAGCCAAAGCUCUCCCUUUCAAACUGCCCAAUUUAUGAAACUUGAAAUGUAGUCCUGCCCCUUUAAUCAUGAACCACCACUUCAUGUUAGUUAUCGUGACGGAGAUAAACUGGUAAGCCCAACAUGGGUCUGCUUAUGGAAGCCAUGUAUGUUUCAAAGUAACAUGUUACUGAUGAAAGGCACUCAUUGGUUGAUGGACUGAUUAUGCAAGCUAAGUCGUUAGACCUAUCCGCCCCGAGCUGAAGUGCACCCCCAGUCGGUGAAGGAAAGACAGGUGGUUACAAGCAGGUUCUCGCAAACGUUCUGUGUGUACGCGAAGACCCUACAUGCCGGAGUAAAUUAGUUAUGCGUACUCAGUGUGCGCCAUGUCAAAUGCGCCUAUGCAGUGAGUACCAAAAAACGCCCUCUUUUGUUAUGCUUGGAGCGGAUAGUGGGUAUCAAACUUCAACAAACAUGGCGUCCUUCCAUAGCAACGUGUCAUAUUAAGUGUUGUAUACCAAAAACAAUGCUGAUUUUCGGUAUAGUGUCGAGCACAUCGGUAGUCUGAGAAUUUCAUUGACCAUCGGCUUUAUUUUUGGUAAAUAACACUUAUGACAAACUUUUCUAUGGGAGGACGCUAUGUUUGCUGCUGUUUGAUUCCCACUAAAGGUCUAUUGCCUUGUAUGUUAGCAGUGCAUCUUGUGUAUACACCUAAUGGCGUGUUCAUGCAUUCGCCACAUAGCUGUAGCUGAUACAUUCUACAUGUGAUAUUGCUUCUUUUUUAAAUUAGAUUUUGUUUAUACAUAUGUAUGUUCCCCAAACAUAAGAAAUUGUUGAAAUUGUUUAUGACGAGCAAAUUGAACAGUAUUAUCAUAAUUCUUAGUAUGCUGCUAUUUAUUGCUCGUCAUUUUUGUAAAAGCUUUGUAAAGAGUGAUACUUUAAUGUGCAAAACGCUAUUUUCCAAUACACUUACUGGUAGAUAGUGUAUUAUAUUGAAAGGCAUUUGUUGCUCAUGCUAUAUUUUCUGAAUGAUAGAUUUUAUGCUGAAUUUGGGAUUCAAUUCUAAGUUGUCAUUUUUUUUUGUUUUAAUUGGAUAUUUUCGGAGCAGUAUUGUGGUCUAGUUAAGUAAAGUGUUGGCAAAUCAUUCACGGAAAAUCCACUGGGCUUUAAAGAUUAUUUCUAAGAAAAAAAUAAGCAAAAUGGAAUAUUUAAAUGAUCUUUCUUGUAACUUCAGAUUUAUAAGUCAACAUGUCAUCAAUGUUACAUGAAGCUAUUUUUUUGAGUUAAUGUAUGAAUUAAAACAAUGCUAUUAUUUUAUAUA